GGGCGCGCGGGGCGGAGGCGCGGCGCCACCAAUCGCAGACAAAGGCCGCCCCGUGAAUCAUGUGGUGCCGGGAGGAAGUCGGCUUGUUGUCUUUCCUCCAGCUGCUGGUCCGGGCGGAACGAUGCGCGGAGACCCCUGCGAGGGUGGCGAGCCCCGAUGAAGUCCGAGCCCCCGGCCGCGCCGCAGCGCCCCCGGCCCAAUGGCGGCCCCGCGCUGGGACCCCCUCCGCAACGACUCGCUGCCGCCCACGCUGACCCCGGCCGUGCCCCCCUACGUGAAGCUCGGCCUCACCAGCGUCUACACCGCGUUCUACUCGCUGCUGUUCGUGUUCAUCUACGCGCAGCUGUGGCUGGUGCUGCGCUAUGGCCACAAGCGGCUCAGCUACCAGAGCGUCUUCCUCUUCCUCUGCCUCCUCUGGGCCUCCCUGCGGACGGUCCUCUUCUCCUUCUACUUCAGAGACUUCGUGGCAGCCAACGCGCUCAGCCCCUUCGUCUUCUGGCUGCUCUACUGCUUCCCGGUGUGCCUCCAGUUCUUCACCCUCACCCUCAUGAACUUGUACUUCACGCAGGUAAUGCCCUCCCAUUCUCAAGAGGCGAAGAACAGUGAGGGCUGGACGCCACCUGUCAGUCUGCCCUUAGCUCAGCACCAUCCGAUGGGUGUGGGGCCCUCUCCGCACAGGGCGCGCAGCAUGUUAGCGCACACAUCAGGAUAGGUACUAGGUACCGAUGGCAGGUGUGCCCACAAGGGAGACUAGUGUCAGGCUCCAAGCACAAGCCUAGACGUUUAUUGGGGCUCUUUUACAGGCGUCAUUUUAUGAGGCGUAUUGUUAAUAAGCUAAUGGGAGUACAUAUAAAUAGGCUUGAUUGCUGUCACCGUUGAGUUAAUGAAAGUAUAGUAAUUGUAAAGUACUGCAAAUACUGUGGCAUUUCAUAAAGUUCAAUAACACAAUGCUACCAUCAUCAUCAUCAUCAUCAUCACUGAUUCUCAUUAGCUUUCCAAGCACUAAAAUGCCCGUUUUCACUAGGACUCUGCCCAAGGGAAGGCACCCAGCGUGUCACUUGCUCAGGGUAAUUUAAAAGCUGUCUCAUGAGCACAGGCUUGGUGCAAGCAGGCAUCCAUUUCUUUAA